CCAUUCUAUGUUCUCCGAACCUAGCAGCAGCCACCUCUGCCGUACGCAACUAGUCCGACACCGUAAGUUUAGUCCAGUAGUCCGACAUCCAGUCCGUAUGUACAUCGUGCACCGGCGUAGACGCCGCCGGCUGGGGCCCGGGGCGAGGGAAGCGGAACUCUGUGCCGUCUCCUUCUCUCCCUCUCGGUCCCUGCUAGAGGGGGGGAGGGGGGCCGGCACCCACGUUGGAGCUCCUCCCACGGCACACACAUACACGUAUUUCCUGUGCUAUCUAACUCUACCUACUCCUCGCAAGCGGCCCCGGCGCCUCCGGCCCUGUUCAGCACGCGGCGUGCGCGCGGCUACGCGCUAUCCCUGCGCCGUCCGUGGCGCCGCGCUCGUCUCCUGCCCCUACAGCCCCGGGUCAUGCUGGCGCCACGUUUACUGCCGCCGCGUUGGGAAGAGGCCGGGGGCUUGCGGGCGUGGGCUUAGUUUUUUAAUCGAGGUUAAGCCCGGGUAGCAAUAGAGCACAGAUUUAUAAAAGCUAAGGGGGGCGGGGGGAGAGG